AUGACGUCCUCCGUGUUCUUCAAGUUCAAAUCCCAGAAGGAGCCCUCUAGAGUGGAGUUCGAUGGUACUGGUAUCUCUGUGUUUGAGCUCAAACGUGAUAUCAUCAUCAAGAGCGGCUUAGGUGAUGGAACGGACUUCGACCUCGCAAUCUACAACGAAGAUGGCAAAGAAGAAUAUGAUGACGAUACUACUAUUAUUCCUCGAUCAACAUUGGUCAUUGCUCGUCGACUCCCACCCAUGAAGCCUGGAGCCGGCCGGGCCGCAAGAUACAUGUCGGGUAAUAUGCCUGUCAAGGCGAAGAAUUCAAAGAAUGCGUCACGCAAGGAGCCAACAAUCGCAGCAAAGCCGGCGGCUGCAGCCGUGUCAGUCCAGAUGAACAGCGCCAUGACUGAGGAGGAGCGUAUGGCGGCGAUGUUCCAAGCUCAGAGCGAGCAAUGGUCAGCCCAACAGGAAGAAAUGUCCCACCAAACACCCGUUUUCCGACCUGGCGCUAAGAAAGGGCAACAGGCAAAUGUACCAGACCACGACCCUCCCGUAGGCUACGUCUGCUAUCGAUGUGGAGAGAAGGGACAUUGGAUCCAGGUCUGCCCUACAAAUGACGAUCCAAAUUUCGACAAUAAGCCUCGAGUGAAGCGUACCACGGGUAUUCCCAGAUCCUUUUUGAAAACUGUCGAGAAGCCAGCGGCAUUGAGUAAUGAUGGUACGGAUGACGCAAAGCUUCCAUCAGGUGUCAUGGUAAAUGCAGAAGGAGAGUUUGUGAUUGCGGAGCCAGAUAAGGCAUCCUGGGAACAGUUUCAGGCCAAGACAAAAUCUUCGGCUGCCGCACAGAAGGCAGCAGCUGCUGGUGAUAAGGAGUUACAGGAUAGGGGACUGGAGUGUUCCAUCGACAAGAGAAUAUUCAUAGACCCAAUGAAGACGCCUUGCUGUGAGAAGACGUAUUGCAAUGAAUGCAUUACUAAUGCGCUCAUCGAGAGCGACUUCACCUGUCCUGGAUGCCAGACUGACGGAGUACUGAUUGAUGAUCUUAAACCUGACGGUGAGACAUCUGCCAAGAUCAAGGAAUAUUUGGAUGAAAAAAAUGCGGCGAAGAGGGCACAGGAGAAAGAGAGAUCGCAGAGUCCAAGUGUAAAACCCGAACCAGCUCCUGCUGUGGAACAGGCAUCUAAGGUCAAAUCACCUUCUCCAAUGCCGCCUGUAAAGGAAAAAUCACCUGCCAAAUCACCACCGGUAGCAAACACGACACCGAAUCCGGAAAGGGCACCCGUGAAACAAGAUACAACUGCCCCUAAGAAACGUCCCGCUGAAGAAUUACUCGAGAACCCCAAGAUUCCAAAGGCUCCAAAAGCAAUGCAACAACAAGAAGCACAAAAACAAGCCAUGUAUCAACAGCAAGCGAUGAUGAACGGCAUGGGUGGCAUGCCCGGUUUCCCAGGUAUGCCUUUCGACAUGAUGCCACAGUUCAACGGCGCCAACAACUUCGGUCCGAAUGCCAACAUGAACAUGAAUCCGAUGAUGAAUAACUUCCCCAUGCCUAUGAUGCCCAUGAACAUGCCCUACGGGGGGUUUCCCAACAUGAAUCCUAUGAACAUGUUCCCCAACGGAUUCGGCGCCAUGCCGAACGGAAUGAUGAACGGCAACAUGGGCGGCCCUGGAGCACCUGUCAAUGGAAAUAAUGGCGUUGGACCUGGAGCCGCGAGCGGCUUCCCUAAUCAGCAGAUGACCGUCUUUGCCGAGCCACUACCAAAUGAAGAGGAUAACGCAUACUUUCGGAAACCAGUCAACCCGCAUCGGCACCAGGGACGCCAGAGAAGGGCAAGACCUAGUGAUUAUCGAGAGCUAUGA